AUGCACACCUCGCAGACGGACAACAACAGCACCCAGCCCGCUUCCACGGCCACAGUCAUGUCUUCGGGCCCGACCUGCGAUCACAGCCAGAACCAGACCCUCUCCGUCAACCUCGACCCUCUAUGGGCCGCCGUUUCGGACGAGGCCGCGACGCGGCACAUCGUCGGCGAUGACGACGGUGAGCAUCUCAUGGGCGCGCUGGUCGCUGCCUGUCGACAAGCCGCGCCCACGACGCCCAUCGCCCCGCUCGCCUUCUCGUUCACGCGCACGCUGGCCAACGUCCCCUUCCGCUUUCUCCGUGUCGAGGUCGACGACCAAGGCCGCGCCAAGACGCCCAUUACCAGCCUCAGCAGCUUCAACAGCCAGCUGGGCGAGCACGGCGCGCUGGCCAAGUACUUCCCGUUCACGUCUCUGGACGGCAAUGCCGACGAAAACAGCCUCUGGUGGCAUGCCAGCCACCCGCCGGCGUACAGCAAGGACUAUCCCUUCUCAGUCGACAACUUUGACUGCGAGCAGCUCGUCGGGGACCUCGAGGACGACAACGACCUGCUGGACCGAGACGUGACGAACUGGGUGCUGUGGGCCGCCGUGACACAGACAUCCACGGCCCCCGAGGCGCCCGCCUUCGCUUGCCGUGACCGCAUCUUCUCCGUCGACCAUCUCCUGCAGUUCCUCAACGAUGUCCGCACCUCGCUCAACAACAUCGAUCCGGUGCCCACCAUCUACUUCAUCGUUGCCGUCUCGUACAAGGGCCGCUAUCGCAACUCGGACGUCUCUGAGAUGAACAACAUGAUGCUGGCGGUGCCGUUGCACACCACGCUCAGCUUCUUUACCAACCUGGUGAAGAAAAACGGUGCGGGGGCCAACCAGGCGCCUAGCUCCAUCGGCGACGAGGACGAAGACGACGGCGAGUCCAUCCAUGACACAGCCAGCAGCGUCAGUGCGUUCGAGGCGGCCAAUGGUGGUGGCGGUGGUGGUGGUGGUGCGGAUGCCCCUGUGAGCAACUGGUCUUAUAGCAUAGAUUCGUCCGAGGGCGGAGGCGUCACCUUCACCGGAAACCCUGUGCCCUUCCGCACCCGCGUCGACUCCAACGGCGACACCAUCUUCCUCGGAUACGAGUAUGACCCCUUUUAUGGUAUGUCCAGAGUCCCGGCUCAGUCGGAGAACGUCGUCGUCGACGAAGAAGCCGUGCUAGCCACGUCCUCGUCCUCGUCGUCUUCGUCGGAGCGCGCCCCCACGCCGCCUCCCCCAUCCAUCCUCCAAACUCUCGACACCAACGCCUCAAAGGGUGACGCUGUCGAGGGCGACCUGCACGCCCUGCUCCCCGAGGCCCAGUCCCCCGAGCAGGCCGCCUGGGAGCAGUGUUGCCGGCUGCUGUGCAUCGACCCGGAAGCGCACAAGGACGCACAGGCACGGUCUGUCAAGAUUCCCGGCACCGACAACAUGUGGGUCAAGCCCAGCCAGCUGUGGACGGCGUACUGGAUGCUGACGAGCCGGAUGGACCGGGGUCUCUGUGGCGGUGUUCUCGCCGAUGUGAUGGGCACCGGAAAGACGUACGUCUGCCUCGUGGUCUGUCUCCUGCGGGCGUACAUUGGCUACAACCGCGCCGAGGUCGAGCGGGAGUGGCAGCUGCGAGAACACGAGGCCAAGAAGGGCGGUGCCAGCGGCGGCAAUGUCGCGCCCAAGCAGCAUCUGCCGCGCAACGAGGCCGGCAACGCAAGUGUGGCCUGCACCUGUGGCAACGCCAUGGGCAUCGAGUGCUACGCCAACCCAGGCGGCAUCACGCGCCAGAUCGCCGGCAGCCUCUCGCGUGGCGCGUCGCUGAUUCUUGCGCCGCAGACGGUCCUCGACAACUGGGUCAAGACGGUCAAGCACGUCCGCCUGCAGCACAAGUUCUUUGAGCCGGUCGUUUUUCACAGCAAGAUGUCCAACGAGGACGUCGCCAUGGCGCCCGCGCCGCGUCUCAAGCAGAAGCUGCAGAUGAGCGUCCGCCCGCAGGCACAUGUUAGCAGCGACGGCCUUUUUUCGCAUAGCUGGGAGCCCAAUGUCCUGGACGUCGUCCACGAUUACCAGCCUAGCAUCGCCAAGGACGCCUACCCGGAGCGCUUCAUCUUCCUAGCCACGCACAUGCCUGAGAAGCUGACCGAGUUCUUCCAGCUGCCUGUGCCACUCCGCCGCAAGGCCGGUGCGGGCACGCGAGGGCGCAAGACCGUCUAUGGCUGCCCCGUCGGCAUCCAGCUUGUGGACGAGUUUCACAAGGCCAAAGACGAUGUGAUUGCGCUGGCCCUGCAGCACAAGCACCUUCAGAGCGGAGACGGCAGCGGCAAUGGCGACAGCGCGACCGACAACUUUGACUUCUGGGCCAUCACCGGUACGCCCCUGCCGGCCAAGCUCACAGACCUCGAGGCAGUCACCAACAUUCUGCAGCGCCUUCCACAGUGGGAUGAACCGGCCAGCCCUCACCACGGCAGCCGUGUUGUUGCUCUGCGCGAGCUGCAGGUGGCGUACGAAAAGGCGGUCGCGGAGGACGGCACUCCCGAACAGGCGGCGGACUUCCGCCGUCGUGCCGAGCGCUUCUUCCAGAGCGGCAUCAUCAAGCGCCACACGGAAAAGUCCAUGUUCUUCGACCAGCGCAUCUUCAACCUGCAGGACGUGACGGCGCAAGUCGUCGUCCACGCCACACCAGAGCCCCUGCGCGAGGACGUGGGCAAGGUAGUGGCCCGCGUCGCCGUCAAGAUCCGGGAGUCGAUGGCCGAUGGUCCGUCGGCGGGCGUCAACACGGCCAACUGGGAGCAGGCCGUCCGGUCCAGCUCACUUUUCAACAACAUGAUGGACCUCGAGAUCCUCGCCACGUUCCCCGGCGCCGCACCGCUCAUGCUUGCCGAUCCCCCCGUCCUUGACUUUGGCCUUGCCGCCAUCCGCGCCGAGAUCCGCAAGGCCAAGAACCACGACGUGACCAAGGUCGAGCUCUUCCAGACGCACCUCGACGCCAUCAUUCACGACAGCCCGCACUUGCAGUCCAUCUUGGCGACUCUUGACGAGAUGGAGACCGACCGCUCGAAACGCCGCGCGCUGCCGACACCUGUCGCCGCCGACGCCGCCAACAGGUCGGUCCUCUCCAAGAAGAAGGUCGACCUGUCCGUCAAGAAGCUCGUCGUCUUGUGCCCGCGCAUGGGCGAGGCCGUCUUCGUGUUCCUGGCGCUGCGCAAGCUCCGCCCCGAGUUCAACCCCGUCUUUCUGCACGCCGACCUCAAGCUCUCGGAGCGCACGGCGCUGCUGCAGGACUUCAACCGCCUCGACGCGCCCACGCCCGCCGGUAUUCACCACACAGCACGCGUCCUCGUGGGCACGUUCCGCGACGCCGGCACGGGCAACGAUCUCACGGUCGCCAACUACCAGAUCCUGACGGGCCCGCUGCGUCUGCGCAGCCAGCAAGACCAGGCCUUUGGGCGCACGAACCGCGAGGGCCAGACGCUGCCGCUGCACCACCGGCUGCUGGUGACCGAAGACAGCCCCGUGGACCGCAUCGUCAUGGUAACUCAGGCGCGUCGACACAUUGCCAGCGACCCGUUCGCCAUGGACGAGGAGCUGGAGCUGGCGGACGUCGAUGAGGAGGAGCAGUAG